AUGGAAGGAAUGUGGAUCAUUGGAUAUGGUUCAUUAAUCUUUAAACCUCCUCCUAUAUAUUCAUUCAAAGUCACAGGAUACCUUGAAGGAUAUAUUAGAAGGUUUUGGCAAUCAUCUUCCGAUCAUAGAGGUACUCCUGAAAGUCCAGGGAGAGUGGUGACAUUAAUUAGUUUACAGGAUUUACUAGAAAACCCUAAAUUUCAUAAUGAUCUACAAAUGUAUGAACUUAACCAGUCGGAAAUCACCACCAAAACUCAUAAAAUAGAUCAAUUAGCACCUAAAGAUUUGAAAGUUUGGGGUUGUGCUUAUUAUAUUGAUGGUAAAGAUGUUGAAGAAAUGAAAGAAUAUCUUGAUGUUCGAGAACAAGAUGGUUAUACCACUCAUAUGGUACCUUUCAGGAUAACUGAAGUCCCACAAGAUGAAAAGGCUCGAGCAGUUUUGGAGAAAAUACCUAAAGAUGAUAAUAUGUAUUAUAUCAAAUCAUCAGUUUAUAUUGGUACCAUAGAUAAUGAAUCAUUCAUCGGACCCGAAACCAUCGAGGAUACCGGUAAAGUAAUUAAGCAUAGCAAAGGACCCAGUGGUGAGAACAUUGAAUAUUUACGGAACCUUUGUCAUAGUGUAAGAGAUUUAAGUGCUGAAUCAGUAGAUUUGUAUUUAGAAGAUUUACUUUCUCUUGCUAGUAAAUAG